UGAAUUCAAAUGCUGUCGCUCAACAGUAAAUAGUGUGAGAGACAACAACCAUGGGACGAUCGUCACUUAUCGAGGAUCGAGGCAGGACGAAGGUUAGCAACAACGGUGUCUGACAAUUUUGAAAGUUUUAUUGUUGAAAAACUUUGCAACCGAUGCUAAAUUAUCACGAAUUGUCGAUCUACAGCUACCAUCAUCGAAUUGUGACAAGUGCAAGCCUGCCAAUUAUGUCGGUACUGGAAAUUCCGAGAUAAUUGAAAGUUUUCAAAGAACUAUUUAAAGGAACUAUCAACCAUGGCAGAGACAGACGACGAACAGAUUCAUCCUCAAAGUAUCAAAUUACCUGCGGCUGUGGAAGUUUUUGCAAACCUAAAAAAUGCCAAAAAAUUCGCCAUUGAUAUAGGCAUAUCGUUGACUAAGAUAGCGUAUUACUCAACUGUUAGCUAUCGUAAGGCAUUGUAUGAAAAUGCGGGGCUGGGGAACAGUGGGGAGCGAGCUUACAAAGUGUUGGAAGGCAGCCGAUUGCAUUUUGUGAAGUUUGAAACUAGACAUCUCGAAAAUUGUCUAGAUUUUGUCAAAGCCAACUUGGUACACGCUGAGAGAUUUCAGGGGAAAAGUGUUAAAGUUACUGGUGGAGGGGCUCAUAAAUAUACACCGUUACUGCAAGAGAAAUUAGGCUUACUUAUCGAUAAAGAGGACGAAAUUGGAUGCCUUAUAAAAGGGUGCAAUUUUUUGUUGAAAAAUAUACCCUGUGAAGCUUUUCAAUUUGAAAAGAAUUGCAACCCAGAAUAUAAGUUCCAGAAAGCGGGUCCUAACAUAUUUCCAUACAUGUUGGUCAACAUUGGAAGCGGUGUUAGCAUUCUCAAGGUAGAGUCUGAGGAACAGUUUGAAAGAAUAGGAGGUACUGCAACAGGUGGUGGUACAUUCUGGGGACUUGGGUCUUUGCUAACAAAAGCUAAGGGUUUUGAUGAACUACUACAGCUUGCUGAACGUGGAGACCAUCGUAAUGUUGAUAUGUUGGUAAAGGAUAUAUAUGGGGGAGACUACACUAGCCAAGGCUUACCUGGUGAUCUGAUUGCCUCAUCCUUUGGGAAAGCAAUGAGCUGCAAUAACAAUUUGGAAACGAAGAAUUUCUCUGAAGCUGAUAUAGCUCGGAGUUUAUUGUUCACGAUCAGUAAUGAUAUAGGACAGAUAGCCAGCCUUUAUGCAUCUCAACAUAAUUUGAACAAAGUUUAUUUCGGGGGAUAUUUCCUCCGGAAUCAUCCAUUAUCCAUGCAUACUAUCUCCUACUCCAUCAUGUAUUGGUCUCAUGGCAAAGUAAAGCCGCUAUUUCUUCGGCACGAAGGCUAUUUGGGUGCCAUAGGAGCAUUCUUAUAUGGAGCUGAACAAUCUGACAAAUUUAGCUGGCUAGAAAAUUAUGCCGGUUCUUCAGGAUUCAAAGAUUCCAUUUCCACAAAACUUGGGAUCCAAGUCGAUCAAUUAGAGAUAGAUCAAGCUGAAAAUGCUGUGACGUUUUGUCCGCUGCUCAAAGAUCCUUCCUCAUACAAUCCAGAUACUAUGGAUCUUGUUCAAGAUAAAGAAGCAAGAGACUAUUGGCUUCAAUGUUUUGAAGAAUCCGUUGACAAAUUCGUUGCUCGGGCAGUAAUGAGCCAACCUCAUAGUCCAACAGCGCAAGAUCGAGCUGUAAAAUUGAAAGAAAAAUACAUAAGCAGGCUUCACUAUCUUCACAUUGAACCUUUCGCCUACGGAGCUCUUACUGUACGGACUCUAUUGGAUAUAAUUGAACAUUGUAUGAAGGAAUUUGAUUUUCCGGAUCCUUACUUACAUCAAAAAAAAGAUGAGAACGAAAAAGCUCUGGGACAUCUAAAAGCACGAAUUGUAGAAAUAGAUGGAUUGGAAAGUUCUGUAAAAAUAGAAGCACUCAUUAUGGGUGUGUUGAGCGGUAACAUGUUUGAUUGGGGUGCUAAGGAAGUAGCAACCUUAAUGGAAACGACCGAUUUCGGUUUCAAAGAAGCCCAAUCGAAGAUUCCUGGUAGACCGUGGCUAGAAGAUUGCCUGGAUGCUUGGAUUGAGAGGUUAGAAAAGGGACCUGCUCAUAAAUGUGCUGCAAUUUUCGUAGAUAACAGUGGUGUUGAUAUCAUAUUGGGGAUACUACCUUUUGCUCGAGAUUUACUACUGAGAGGAACAAAGGUAAUUUUGUGCGCUAAUUCUGCACCUGCAUUAAACGACGUUACAUAUCCAGAGUUAGUUGUCACUUUGCGUAAUUCAUCAAAAAUCUGUAAUGUAAUCAAAAAAGCAAUAAAGGAGCAAAGACUUAUAGCAAUGGAGACGGCGCAGGCUGGUCCUUGCCUGGAUUUGAGUCGCCUAAAUCUAGAUCUCUGCCUGGCCAUGGUGAGGAACAAAGUAGAUUUAAUUGUUAUAGAAGGUAUGGGGCGGUCGUUGCACACAAAUUUGCACGCCAAAAUGAAAUGCGAGUGUUUAAAGUUGGCGGUGGUAAAAAAUCGGUGGCUAGCUCGUCGUCUCGGUGGUGAUAUGUAUGCAGUCAUUUGUAAAUACGAACCUGUUGUGCAAAAAGUGAAAAGUGACAACGAAAAUCCGUGUGAAAAUAAGGAUGCCGAAACUGAGGACAAUUCGACGUGUAUCAGUGUCAGAAUGGACCUCUGUAUGUGCGAGGAUGAUGAAUCAAAUAAUGUGAGCACAACUUCUGCCAAUGGAAAAAGACUAACAUCCAAAGGCAGCACUGAUGAUGAUGGCAAAGACAAUGAAAACGUCGAUUCCGAUUCAUCACUCUGUAAUAACUAGACAGUUGCAGUUGGGUAAAUUACAAAGAAUUUGAUAUUGAAAGAGUGUCAAAAGAAUUCAGAUCGUUUCUGAUCAGCUCCAUGGUGCUUCGUACAAUGGUUAAUUAAAACUUUUAUCUCUGCUAAUAAUGAGUUCUGGUUCAUUGACUUUAUACCUCUAAUGAGGAACAACAGUAGAAUAUCACGAUAAGAGAAAGAGAUUUUACGCAUGAGGUGUGCUCAACAUUUGGGGAUUAUACAUUUUUGGUUAUUCUAUAUUCUAAGAUAAAAAAUGGAAUACCCUAUACGUGGUUGAAUAGAUCAAUGAUCAAUCUCUGGACUAAAUUUUCUGUGAUAUGAAAGAAUUUUCGAGGAGGAGCUUGAUUGUGUUCAUUACAAAUCAUUGACACGCAUUAAAAAAUAUCUAUCCAUGUUCAAUGCUUAUUGCAAUGAAAUAUUAUUUUCAUUUUAUAACUUGGGAUUUGGAACGUGGCCUGAAAAGAGAAAGAGGUACAUACAAACGUACGAAGAGUGGUAUAUUCAGUUACAAGAAUGAGCUCAUUGUUUGACAACAAAUCCUUCCAAAUCGUAAAACUUUAUCGUAAAACCUGAUCACAAUCAGAUCAUUUGUGAUUGUACAUGUAUAUAGGUAUAUUGUUGGUUGUAAUGAAGAUAACAAGGCAUGGUAUGGUAUCGGAAAUUUCCCGUACUUCUAAAAAUACUGAAAAACAUCGCUCGUAAUCUCGUAUACGGAUGUACAUAUUAAUCUUUUUGUAACCAUAUGAUUAAAAUACUUGAGCAGUUAUUUUAACAUGAGGAAACGUUUUGGUGUUGAUGAUCUUGCGAUUUUCUUUCAGUACCAACUCAGCUCAAUCGGCAUCCAACACAGCUUCGGCGGAAGAUUCAUUAUGUACCUACAAUUCAUCAAAAAGGAUAUGGCACAUUAUGACAAGAUCAGAAACAGAUCUAUGAGAUAUCAAAUAUUAUUACCUGCUGCGGCGAAUGAUCAGCUAUAUUGGAGUUCUGAUUUAUCUCAUCGACCGUAACAGCAGAUUUGUCUGUUGUCGCAUUGGUGAGAUCUACUUGGACAUUGUAUGAUCUAGAACGGUGCCCACUGUUCUUUUUAUUGCUCAUAUCAUAUUGAUGAAUUCUUUUCAUAUGUUUGUUGUAAUUAGGCCAAUUAGUGAAGUACCUUUGACAUUCCAGACAUGCAUAGGGUCGUUCUCCUGUAUGCUGACGUUGGUGAACCUAGUGAAAUGAGCGUAGUUAGGAAUAAGAAAAUUACCGUUAGUACUCCCUUGAACCGGAAGCAUUUUCCACAAACUUCACAACUGUAAGGCAUUGCACCAGUGUGAAUGCGACUGUGUUCCCGUAGCGCACCACGUUCCCGAAACUGUUUCCCGCACACGUCACACUGGUGAGGUUUUAUCCCUGUAGCUGAAUUACCGAGAAGGCGAGAAGUUUUGAAGGCUUUGCCACAGGAUGGACAGACAUGGUUCUUAUCACCAGUAUGACUCAGAAGAUGAUAAUCCAAUGAUCCUUUGGCAAUGAAAGACUUGCCGCAAAUAUCGCAAACAAAAUCUCGCUCUCCUGUAUGAAUUUUUCUAUGAGUUUCUAAGGUGCAUUUUCACGUGAUUUUGGAGUGAGCUGAAGUUCUUGAACGUCUUACCACACGUAUGGCAAACAUGUGGCCUGGCGGUCGUGUGAACUGUAGCAUGAGCUUGGAGUAUAGUCUUUUGUGCAAACGAUUUUUCGCAUACUUUACAUCUGCGGAUCAAAAAUAUUUUCAUGACAAUUAUUGCACAUGAUGAGAGCUUUCGGACGCAUUAUUAAUCAGAAUUAUACUCACGUAUAUCUCUUAGUGGCCCGAUGCAGUUUUAUGUGUUUAGUAAAACUCUGAGGCAACAGAAAAUCUCUGAUUGUUCAAAUGAACCAACCUGAGGACUAUCUAAAACUCUAUCCACGCAAAUUGUGCAAGGCCAGGGAUAUCCUUUGAGUAUAUCUGCAAGACGUGGACUAGCUGGAGCGUCACUUGAACUUGAAAAUUUUUUAAGCUGAUUCACUAUUUUUAUUGCUUGGCUGAAAAUCAAACAUCAAGGUUGUUCUAUCGAGUUGCAAAUGAACCAUCGCUAUAGAGUCGCUCAAAAUAGAAGUGAGUCUAUGUGUGCCCCUUUGACGUAACUUAUAAUGCGAUCAUCAUCGGGAUCAUAAUCGUUGGCAUCAAAUCUUUAGCAGGGCCGCUGAAAAGUAAUAACCAAUUGUACCAUAUUAUACCUGCGGUAGCCGACCGAUCCAGGUGACCGUCUAUGAGUUUGCGUUGGUGGGAGAGAAAAAAAAAAGUGAUUCUCUCGAGUCUACACGAGGAUCGUCGUCGGCAGUUCCACCAUGAGCAAAUUCACGCAUUCGGGAAUAGCUCUAUAGUUAUAAGUACACCAUACGACGAGUACAGCAUUAGUUUUCAGACGUGAACGUUUCGUUGCAGAGUUCGACUGUCGUCAUCGGUCGUGAUAGCAGUAGAAGAACAAUAAAUUCUAAAGAACGACCAAAAAUGGCGUUCCGGUUCACGUGAAUAAAUUAUUCAUCAUUUUAAGGUGGUAUUGUGUAUAUAUAAAAAAAAUACAUGUAUAAUUGAACGGCUUUUAUAAAAUUUUGCGUGUAGAGAGUCGCAAGUGUGGGUGUAUGUUUUUUAAAGGUGUCUGUCAGUGUCUGUAAAUGAUACGUAAUAUAAUAAUAAGUUAUAUUUGUACCUGCGAUACACUAGAGUAAAAAG